AUGUACAUCACUCUCUACUUCAUCGUCACCCGCCUCCCUGACUCUCUUCGCGCAGUCAGGGACCACUUUCUCGCCCUUGACCCCACAGACCUCACUGUCGACGAGCUCAAGAAGCACCUCCUUGCAGCUGAGACUAGCAUAGUCGCUGUAGGUGCUGCUCGUGGCACUCCUCGCACUCCCUUCUUUGAGGGGUGUUCCCCCUCCCCCCUUGCCCCUCCUACACUUCUACUGCUGCUGUUGACUUCCUUGGUGCUGAGGAGGUUGGGGCUGCGUCUGCUCCUAGUGGGAGGCGCCACAGCGGCAAGGGAAAGGGAGGCAAGAGUAGUGGAGGUGGCGGCAGGGGAGGCGGUGAUGGGGUUGGUUGCGGCGGUGGAGGUGGCGGUGGUGGCGGUGGGAGUGGUGGCGGGAGUGGGGGCGUCGGUGGCGGCGGUGGUGUCAGCGGUGGGAGUGGUGGCGGCGGUGGUGGCGGCAGUGGGAGUGGUGGUGGUGGUGGUGGCAGCAGUGGGAGUGGUGGCGGCGGCAGUAGUGGCGGUCGGAGUGGAGCCGUUCAGAGGGGAGGUUCUGGCGGUGGCCAGAGGCAGCAGCAGCAGCGUCCGCGCGAGACCCUUACGCCCCAGCAGCUUCGUGAGUGGUUUGCUCAGCGUGGGGCGUCUGGGGGUAGUGUUCGCUGCCCGUACGUCAUUCGCACAGGUGACCGCGCUGGUCAGACAUGCGGGAAGGUUGGUCACUCGGAGAACCGCUGCUUCUCCCGUCUUGACGACGCUUGGCGCGCAGAGUUUCCUAACGCAGCUGAGCUCCCCCGCUUGCUAG